CAUAAUUAUGGCUAUUUUAUGGGUCAUUUCAACCAUUGCUGCUUUUGUCAUAUGGAAAUGUAAACCAUGUUUCAGUGAGUGUGCUAAGAGUGAAUAUGAGAUGAAUGGACUAUGCUGCUCCAUGUGUGCACCUGGAAACCGUGUUUAUUGGCAUUGCUUUGAGGAUGCCAGUACAACUUGUGCUCCAUGUCCUGCAUCAACUUACACAGACGAACCCAAUCGACUCACUACAUGCCUGCCUUGUACUGUGUGCGAAGAAAACCAAACAUUAGGAGUAAAGAAAGCCUGUACUCAGUCUUCAAAUACUGUUUGUGGACCACUAAAGGGAUUUUACUGCAUUAAUCAAAAUCAAAAAGGCAGCUGUAGAUUAGCUCUGAAACACUCUACAUGUAGCCCUGGACAAUAUAUCAGUGAAACAGGAACAGAAUUCAGUGAUACAGUGUGUGAUGACUGUCCUACUGGUUCAUAUUCAGAUGGUACACUCUGCAAAUUACAUACAAAAUGUGAAUCUCUUGGCAAAACUACAGUCAAGGCAGGAACAGAGACGAGUGCAGAGUGCAGUAAUGCUGCUUGUGUAGCAGUUCCAGAUCUGCCCAUAAGAAACUUCACACUGGAAACGGCAGGGACGGCUUCACAUCACUUCCAUUUAUUAAUCCUGGAACACAUUGGGACACUUAAUCAGAAAAACCUUUCUCCACGCUAUGCUCUUUCCGCUUCACACACAAAACAACCGGGAGAUAAGGAGAAACGUUUUGCGUCUUGCUUCGCCAGCGUCCAAUUGCAGUCCGAGGCUGACAAUAACAACAAUUUUCUGUUAACAUUGUGUAAUACAGUAAAACAUAAGAAAUAAAGAAAUUGAACAACCUGAUCUCACAGAAUUCCGUGUAAUGACCACGGACUUAAUUAACCCCGAAUCUGUGGUGGCAUCACGGAAUCGUCGAAAAUUCCGUGAUGGGCUCACAGAAGUGAUACCAAUGUAAGUCAGUGACAGGCAUCAGCCGUGGUCCACGCACGGAUCCACUGGUUCAACACCAGCACUGCCUCAAUUGACCAUAUGCACGGAGCGCUUUUUAGAACUUCCGGAUAAAGAUAAGCUAGCUCGUAAUCUUCCGGUGAAGCUCAUUUUAUAUGUGCUAUAUAUAGGUAGAGACUCUCACAGAAACCUCUCGUGCCUCAUUCUUAUCAGAAUCUGAGAAAAAAAUAAUUACAACACCGUAAAUAAUGACAGCGGCAUUAACAUACAGUUUCAUGUUAUUAAAGAACAUAUAAUUUUAUAUGCAGAGUCUUGUAAUCCCAGGAAAGUACCCAGAUGCGUAACUGUACAUUUAAAUGCUGACAAAUAAACACUAUCGUAACUGUUUAGGCAGUUAGGCUAUUCUCUUAAACGACGUCUUAAUAGUAUUCUUGAUAAUCAGUAUCUUACCUUCAUAGCCAUGAACACAUUUUUUAAAUCUUAUAUUAUUAAAAUAGUGAUUAUUAGUGAAACAAUAGUGAAACAUUUCUGAUUAUUAUCAAUCAGUGCAUUUCCAUGCACCUAAUCACAUUAUUGCCUCUCUGACUAAAGUGCGCAUGUGCUCGUGACGUACAUGAAUGACAUGAGGCACCUGCAGGGGUGCGUUUCCCAAAAGCAUCGAUAGCUAACUAUGGUCGUUAGCUCCACUGAACUCUAUUGGUAAGUAUGGAACUUGUGACCAUAGUUGCUUUUGGGAAACGCACCCCAAAUUAGAAACGAUGGGGAAGAAAGCUUUGCAUUUCUGGAGAGCCAAAUCACUUAAUUCUGUCAGCACACCAGUCUCUGCUCCUCACCCUCAUCCAGCGCAGGCAAACCCAGCUGAAGUGGCAUUGCCAUCACAUUGCUAUGGUGGCGAAAAUGUAUGGAAUACAAACAUACAAACGUGUUUUGCAUUAGACAAAUUAAAACAGCGACCAGUAACACACCUAUUUGUGCUGAGCAGUGGGGUUAUGUUAUGUGAAUAAUGGCGGUAAAAAAAUAACCACAACUCAAAUAAUACGAAUAAUGGAAAUUGCAUAUAAACGGGAGUGAAGAGCUUUGCUCUUGACAUGUAAACAUCAUAAUGUGAUUAAGUCCUUACUCUGAUUAUUGGAAAUAAUCACAUUAUUUGUGCACAUGUAAACGUAGUCUGUGUUGGAAACAGUUGUGCAGCUUAAUAUUUGUGUAAAUCGUGAUAUUUUUCUUCAUGAUUAUUUUAUGAAUACAAGUUCAAAACAUUAAAAAAAAAAAAGUAAAAAAAAAUGAAAUCAAAUCUUUUGUAAUAUAAUAAAAGUCUUUUCUAUCACUUUAAUUAAAUUUUAUGCAUCCUUGCUAUUAAUGUCUUAAAAAUAAAUAAAUCUUAGUCACUCCAACCUUUUGAACCGUCGUGUAGACCAGUGUUUCCCAACCAGUGUGUCGUGACAGGUCAGGUGUGCCAUGAAAGAUUAUCAAAAACUUCCUUCUCUUAUUAUAUUUCGUUAAUAUUAUUUUAAAUCAGUGCAAUCGUUAUCAUUAACAACAAGAGAAACUGAGUGCCCAUAUAGCUACAAUAAACUUUAUAACCUGCAAACUGAUGAAAACUAGGGAUGUGCGGGUCUAGUCGACUAAACGGUACAGCUUCUGCUAGUCGACACUGAAAUCAAUAGUCAAUUACACGAGAGAAAAACAUUACCAUAAUUUUAACGUUACAUUUAAAACAUUUUAACAACAAGCUAAAAUAAAACUUUUGAAAAAUAAUAAAUAUCAAAAUGUUUAAAUAUAUAAAUAUUAUUAAAAGCGUAUCUGGGCGGAAACUACAUUUUUACCUCAGACCUCGCAUGCGUUUUCUUCAUGUCAGUUGCGGCGAGCUCGAAAUGACAACGCGAAGAACCAGCAAGGUGUGGGAUUAUUUUGAAUUAGAAGGAAACGGAAAAGUUUUGUGUAAACUGUGUAAUGUCAAAUUGGCUUAACCUUACAAUAACUCUACUGGAGCGAUGCGUAAUCAUAUUCAAUACAGGCACGUAUGCGUUAGCUUGGAGGCUAGCCAUAGCCAGCAAAUGUCAAUCAUGUCAUACACUACAACCCGCCGCUGGGUCCGCGAUCCCAUCUGCGCCGUCUAUUCCUCUAAGACCCACUUCGGUGGUGGUGCAGGAUUUCCAGACUCUUUUCGAGACUGUCUGCUUGCUUGUAGUUAUCUCUCCGCGUGCCUGUAACUUCAGUUCCUGCCGAGCACGUUUUUUUUUCAAGAGCAGAAUCGCCUCUAGUCCCGUCUUUCGCCAGACCACAUUAACAUGUUAAAUUCACUGAACAAAUGCGCAUGCUCUGAGUAAGUAAAACGAGCAUUGUUUUGUUUUUAGACAAUAUAGCCAACAUGAAGUACAUUUUUAAAAGCCGUUUUAAUACUUUCCUAUUGUUUUUGACUUGUGUUUUAAUAUGUUGGCUAACGUUAUAUGAAAAUGAAGAAUUCUGUCAGUCUAUUUUCCAUUUCUGCAUUGCGCCAGCUGAUCUGAAUAAAUAAGCUAUGCACUAUGUUGAGUGUAUGCUCUUCCUUAUUUUCUGUUUAACGACCGCCUAAAAUUAGAUGAUGAUAACGUGAGGCAAGCAUAUGGCAUAAUCGUGACCUAUUUUUAGCAGAUUUCAUUGAAGGAUUUGACAGUGUAAUGCAAAGAUUAAGUAUUUCAAGUGUAGGCUGUUAUACACGCACAGUUUUUUUUUGCUUUUGCCAUUUUUUGGGGGUUUCUAGCUUUUAGACUAGUCGACUAGUCGAAUACAAAACUUCCGUUUAAACAACAGUCAAAUUAGUCGUAGCGCACAUCCCUAAUGAAAACGCGAUGCUAUUCAUUUACUGCCUCAGAUGCAGCCGUUCUAAUGAUGGAGAAAACACAGAUCUCUGUCAAUCGCUCAUCAAAAACCUUGUUAACUCCAUUUGAGUAUGAUUUUCAGAAAUUAAGUGCAAGUGUCUGAUCAUAUAUAAAGCCAAAAUACCAACUCUGAUGACGCAAUGUUUAAUUAUUGACAGAAAAAUAAACCUUUCCCCUUUCUGUUUGUUUAUUUUUAUUUUUAUAAUACUUAGUGGUGUGCCGUGGGAUUUUUUACAGGUCAAAACUGUGCAGCGGCAGAAAUAAGGUUGGGAAACACUGGUGUAGACAAAAAUAUUGGGCAGCACAACUGUUUUCAACAUUGAAAAUAAUCAUAAAUGUUUCUUGAUUUCUGAAGGAUCACGUGACACUGAAGACUGGAGUAAUGAUGCUGGAAAUCCAGCUUUGAUCACAGAAAUAAAUUAUAUUUUAAAAUAUAUUUCAAUCUUUUGACCAGCUGUGUACAUUGCUACAUUUAAAUGAAAACACAACUUGUAAUAAACAAUGCACACAUUC